UCUACAUAGUACGUUACGUUUUAAUACUAAUACUGUUGUCACGUUAGCUCGUUAUAAAACUAAAAGUUAUGGUUUUUACUGCACAUGUGCCUUCCAAGAAAUUUAGUGUAUAUUUGGCAAGAAUGGAUGAAGACUCUGUAUCUAAUGAUUUUCCAUCCCAGAGUAAUCCAGCCACUCCUUUAAUGAGUAAUCCUGUUACUCCAAGAAAUGAGAGGAAUGGUGUGGAUGUUACUGUUGUAACUUCUUCUGUAACAGCACUUUGUGCACCUUCAGUGACAAGGCAGUCUCCCUCAAAAUAUACUCAGCUACUUGCAGUGAUUGAGGAAAUGGGAAAAGAUAUCCGACCUACUUAUGCAGGAAGUAAGAGUUCUGCUGAACGCUUAAAGCGCGGUAUUGUUCAUGCUCGUAUUUUACUACGAGAAUGCCUAAUGGAAACGGAACGAAAUGCUAGAAGUUAAAAUGAUGUAUUUUGGUGUGUUUGGAAAGUUAUUUUUCUUUUUGGGUGUUUUGCUCAUGGUCAAUUCUUCUGUUUUUGGUAGGAGAACUUUGAAAGUGAUUGAAUGCAUGUUACGUUUGUGUAACUUUACCAGUAUUUAGGAUAUAUGUUGAUUUAGCAUACAAUGAGGUUAUGUUGUAUAAAUUGAUGAUUUUAGGAAUUCAAGAAAAGUUGCAUCUUUUAGAAGUAUUGUUUAAUGCAUUGUAGCUUGAUUGAAAAUGCUCUCUCUCUCUCUCACACACACAGUGUUUAUUUUUUAACUAUAAUUGGAAAAUUAUCACAAGUGUAUUUUUUUGCUGUAAUGUCUGUUAGAAGAAUGCAUAAACUAUCAAAGCCUGUUAACUAUGAACUUUGGUAUUGAAGGAAAGGCCUUUUUUUCAGCACUGAAUAUAGCAGAUAUAUUGACACAUUGUUGUACAUUCGUCUUGCUUUCACUCAUACUUUCUUAGAAUCCAUUUUAUGGUGGAUGUAACUUGUGACGUUAUUGUAAUCCUCUUACAUGUAAAAUAAAAAUUACUAAACGUAUUUGUAUUUCAUUCAGUUUAAUCAAAUUUAACUUUAUUAUGUUAAUUUCAAAAAGGGUUUUUACUAUUGAGAAAAGAUGUUUUUGCACAUUAGGAGUCAAACAGAUUGAAGAAAGCUUAUAAUGAAGACUAAAUCUGGUUUGUGCAUGUGUAUGAAAUGUUUUUAGUUAAACUAAUAUUAAGAUUGCUAAUAACUGAUAUCCUAAAAACAUGUAUCUAGCUUCAGAAACUUAGUUUUUUUUGUUUCAAAUAUGAGAUUGUUCUAUAAUAAUAAAAAUAAUGAUUAUCAUUCCCAAAAGCUCUGGUGAUUUGGCAGUAAGCUUGAGGGCUUAUAUUGCCAAAAUUUGGGUUCUGAACCCCAUGAUGGGCACAUCACAGAUAGAUGACUGUGAAGUUUUGUUCUUAAUAGCAAAUAAUUGUCUUAUAAGUACUAUAAUGAGGUUUUAUAUUGAUAAGAUUCUUUUUUAAGAACUGAAAAUAAUAUUUAAUGAUUAAUUAUGUUUGUGACAAGUUACUAUCUCAAGUCUUAGUAUUGAUAUCAGGAGUACAAGAAAACCAUCAUUGAAACAAAAGUUACAGGAAGCAUGUUGAAAAUGCAAAACAAGUUUAGAAAGACUUAAAAUGAUAAUUGAUUGUAAACACUAAAUACAUUUAAAUAAUUUAGAAGACUUUUUUUUUUCUAUGAUAGAAAUAAUUGUGGCUGUUUUAGUAUGGUAUAUUAUGUGGAAUAAAUGAAUUUUAGGAUGAGCUGGAGUAAAACUGUGUUAUUAUGUUAAUUAUUUUUAUGACUGUAAUUUUAUAAAUAUUUUUCCUUGA